AUGAAUCCUAUUUUUUUAUUGUUAAUUUGGAGUGUUACAAAAUAUAUCGGAAAAGAAUAAUAUCAAAAAGAUGAAGUCAAUAAAAUUAAAACAAAAGUGUUUUAGUCAUAGGAACCCAUAGAGUUGAUGGAGAAAUUAUCGAAAUUUGUAAUAAAUUUGGAAUAGUGGCAUUUAAAUAAUAAAGUAGAUUAAUAAGAGUAAUUUGUCGGUAUAUAAGGAGAUUAAGAAAAGAUAGAGAAUAAAUUAAACUAUUAAACAAAAUAAGAAUAUGAAAUUGAUAUAGAUAAGUAUAAUGAUUAAAACUUAUAAAAAUAGGUUGACAUUAUAAAACGAUAACCAUGAAUAAAAUUAGUUAGAUUAAUCGAAUAUAAUUUAAAAUUUAGCAGAAUUAGAAUAGAAAAAUGACUAAUAAUAGGAUAAUACAACAGAAUAAUAAUCAAAAUAAGAUAAUAAUUCAAAUAGUUCAACAGAAUAAUAAUCAAAAUAAGAUAAUAAUUCAAAUAGUUCAACAGAAUAAUAAUCAAAAUAAGAUAAUAAUUCAAAUAAUUCAACAGAAUAAUAAUCAAAAUAAGAUAAUAAUUCAAAUAAUUCAACAGAAUAAUAAUCAAAAUAAGAUAAUAAUUCAAAUAAUUCAACAGAAUAAUAAUCAAAAUAAGAUAAUAAUUCAAAUAAUUCAACAGAAUAAUAAUCAAAAUAAGAUAAUAAUUCAAAUAAUUCAACAGAAUAAUAAUCAAAAUAAGAUAAUAAUUCAAAUAAUUCAACAGAAUAAUAAUCAAAAUAAGAUAAUAAUUCAAAUAAUUCAACAGAAUAAUAAUCAAAAUAAGAUAAUAAUUCAAAUAAUUCAACAGAAUAAUAAUCAAAAUAAGAUAAUAAUUCAAAUAAUUCAACAGAAUAAUAAUCAAAAUAAGAUAAUAAUUCAAAUAAUUCAACAGAAUAAUAAUCAAAAUAAGAUAAUAAUUCAAAUAAUUCAACAGAAUAAUAAUCAAAAUAAGAUAAUAAUUCAAAUAAUUCAACAGAAUAAUAAUCAAAAUAAGAUAAUAAUUCAAAUAAUUCAACAGAAUAAUAAUCAAAAUAAGAUAAUAAUUCAAAUAAUUCAACAGAAUAAUAAUCAAAAUAAGAUAAUAAUUCAAAUAAUUCAACAGAAUAAUAAUCAAAAUAAGAUAAUAAUUCAAAUAAUUCAACAGAAUAAUAAUCAAAAUAAGAUAAUAAUUCAAAUAAUUCAACAGAAUAAUAAUCAAAAUAAGAUAAUAAUUCAAAUAAUUCAACAGAAUAAUAAUCAAAAUAAGAUAAUAAUUCAAAUAAUUCAACAGAAUAAUAAUCAAAAUAAGAUAAUAAUUCAAAUAAUUCAACAGAAUAAUAAUCAAAAUAAGAUAAUAAUUCAAAUAAUUCAACAGAAUAAUAAUCAAAAUAAGAUAAUAAUUCAAAUAAUUCAACAGAAUAAUAAUCAAAAUAAGAUAAUAAUUCAAAUAAUUCAACAGAAUAAUAAUCAAAAUAAGAUAAUAAUUCAAAUAAUUCAACAGAAUAAUAAUCAAAAUAAGAUAAUAAUUCAAAUAAUUCAACAGAAUAAUAAUCAAAAUAAGAUAAUAAUUCAAAUAAUUCAACAGAAUAAUAAUCAAAAUAAGAUAAUAAUUCAAAUAAUUCAACAGAAUAAUAAUCAAAAUAAGAUAAUAAUUCAAAUAAUUCAACAGAAUAAUAAUCAAAAUAAGAUAAUAAUUCAAAUAAUUCAACAGAAUAAUAAUCAAAAUAAGAUAAUAAUUCAAAUAAUUCAACAGAAUAAUAAUCAAAAUAAGAUAAUAAUUCAAAUAAUUCAACAGAAUAAUAAUCAAAAUAAGAUAAUAAUUCAAAUAAUUCAACAGAAUAAUAAUCAAAAUAAGAUAAUAAUUCAAAUAAUUCAACAGAAUAAUAAUCAAAAUAAGAUAAUAAUUCAAAUAGUUCAACAGAAUAAUAAUCAAAAUAAGAUAAUAAUUCAAAUAAUUCAACAGAAUAAUAAUUAAAAUACGAUAAAAAUUAAAGUUAAUAUAAAAUAUUACCUAAUGAAAUGAAAGGAAGAAUACUUGAAAAUAUUCCUAUAACAAAUUUUUAAUAUUUUGAACUUAUUUAUAAUGAAAAGAUUUUUAAUUCCUUAACUGAUUAACAAAUAGAACAAUUAUAUGAAAAUAUCUUUAAAGAUUACGACGAUCCUUUAAUCUGCAUAGCUGCAGAAAAACAAGGAAUACUUAUUUUAGUUGGCUGUGAUUUGGCUACUCAAGUUUUGGAUGAAACUAAAAAUAUAUAUGCUGCCUAACAAAGUCCAAAUGGAGAAGUGAAUUGGUACUUUUUUAAAGGGAGAUCCUUUGGUUUUUCUCCAGAUCUACAUAUUGACCUAAAUGUAUGUGAUAAAUACAACCCUUAAGAUACAAAAAGAUUAUGUAUAUCAUUAAGUAAAGAAAGGAUUGAAAUAAGGAUUGGAGAAUUGAAACAAUUAGAAUAAAUGGAAGAUUACAAUUUAUAAAUAUAUUUAAGGUAAAUAUGA